CGGCGGCGGCGCGCGCUGCGGGCAGUGAGUGUGGAGGCGCGGACGCGCGGCGGAGCUCGAGCUGCUGCAGCUGCUGCCGCCGCCGGAGGAACCUUGAUCCCCGCGCUCCGGACGCCCGGCCUUCGCCAUGGCUGACCAGCUGACCGAGGAGCAGAUCGCAGAGUUCAAGGAGGCCUUUUCCCUCUUCGACAAGGACGGCGACGGCACCAUCACCACUAAGGAGCUGGGGACGGUGAUGCGGUCCCUGGGCCAGAACCCCACCGAAGCGGAGCUGCAAGACAUGAUCAACGAGGUGGACGCCGACGGAAACGGGACCAUCGACUUCCCCGAGUUCCUGACCAUGAUGGCCAGAAAGAUGAAGGACACAGACAGUGAGGAGGAGAUCCGAGAGGCCUUCCGCGUCUUUGACAAGGACGGGAACGGCUACAUCAGCGCGGCCGAGCUGCGUCACGUCAUGACGAACCUGGGCGAGAAGCUGACGGACGAGGAGGUGGACGAGAUGAUCCGAGAGGCCGACAUCGACGGGGACGGCCAGGUCAACUACGAAGAGUUUGUACAGAUGAUGACCGCGAAGUGAAGGCCCGGGCAGCUGGCGAUGCCCGUUCUCGAGCUCUUCCCGCGCGCGCUCUCUUCGACACUCCCCCGCCUACCCCGGUUCUAGCAAACUCCAGUUGAUUGACUGAGAAUCUGAUAAAGCAACAAAAGAUUUGUCCCAAGCUGCAUGCCUGCUCUCUCCUUCCUCCCUCCACGCCCCCUCCCUCCGCGCCCUCCUGCGGCCUGGGGAGGGGGCUGUCCUCCGUCUUGGUCUGUUUCCUUUUGUUUGUCAUCUUGUUUGGGGUGCUGGGGUGGCCGCCAGCCCUGUCCCGGACCUGCUGGGGAGGGGAGCGAGGCCCUCGCCCAGGCGGAAGAGCAUGCCCUUGGCUGUUGCAUGUGAGCAGCCUGCGUCCGGGUGUCGGGUGCGGAUCCCAGCAGCUGAGGGGGCAGGGGUACCAAGAGAGGGUUCCGGAAGGCCUGGGGGAGCUGUGGCGCUGGCUGGAUGUGGCCCAGGAGGGGGGCGGGCCCGCGGGAGAUGGCCAGGGUGGUGAGCGGUGCUGGGCCCCCUGGCUGCUGUGUGCUGAGGUUGGGCGGUGGGGGGGGAGGGGGCUAUGCUGGUGGGCCUGUGUUGGGAAGGGUCUCGGCUGUUCUGUAAAUACCUGGUGCUAACAUCUCGCGCGCUCCCCCUCGUGCUGCACCCACCCACCCCACCCCAGGGCCCAUCCCCGGAGUGGGGGAGUGGGUGUGGGCUGGUCGCUUUGUAAUGUGCUGGUCCCUCCCCACCCCCCUUUUUUUUUAAUCCCCCUUGUGCCACUUAGAACUUCUAUUUCGUCCCGAACCCUGCUGGGCUGGCUGGGGGCGGGGAGAGGCAGGAUGCGCCCCACCGCGCUGCCCAGAACGGGCCUGCUGCCCGCUCCCUCACCCCUGUGCUGCCAUGCGCCUCUGCCCUGGCCCCUGCCUGCUCCCCCUCCCCAGUGGAGAGCAUGACCCCCGCCCUUGCUUCUGGGACAAGUCAGUCAAGGUGGCGCUGUGGCCGCCCGGCUCCCUCCCUCCCUCCCUCCCUCCCUCCCUCCCUCCCUCCCUCCCUCCUCCCUCCCUCCUCCGGUCCCCACCCCCCCAGGUGGAUCAAGUCUUUUCCCGGGCCCUGCCCGGCUUUGAGGCCCUUCGCCGCCGCCCUUGGGCACCCAGCCUGCCAGGGCGGGGUGGACAGGGAGGCCCAGCCGAGAGCUGAGGACAAGGGCAGCCGGGCGUGGGGCUGUGGACUUCUGCGGAAUGUUUUGGUUUUGUUUUUUCUUAAACCGGGCAAUAUCGUGUUCAGUUCAAGCUGUGAAGAAAAAUAUCUAUCAAUGUUUUCCAAUAAAAUACACUGACUACCUGA